ACAAUGUCUCGAAUGCGACGUAGGAGAUUUCCUUUUUGAUUCGUUGAAAUUGCACGAGUUUGUUUCGGUCCCCGUUUUGUAGAGUUGGUUGCCUGUUGAAGCAUGUUUGAAGCGAAUGUUAUAAACGAGACACGUGCGCAAUCUCGAAGUGAAACUUGGCUUGAUCGCCGUACAGUAGCGCCAGUUUGCAACAUGGCAGCGAAGGAUGAUAAGCGUUCGUUUCGACAGUGAGCAUGUCCCAAAGAGUCGGCUCGGGGAACACAAGAAAACGAGGACAUCAACACCACCCCCGUAACGAUGGCACGCGACGACGUGCUUACCUGGAGCCGACUCAUGCCUCCAGGGAUGACAUCGAAUACUUGAGUCGUCUGUCCUCGUCAAGUCAACAACAAAAAAGUAACAUCCAAAAAAACACCCCCGUGGCUGUGAUAUCAAGUGCCUCUAGUAACCAAAACAGUGCAGCGAAUAGUAAAGUAAACGAAAACGUUGCAACCAGCACCGACCAAGUUGUUAGUGAUAUUAUAGAUCUUACAAAUUGUGAUGACGAAAUAGUUGUUAGAAGUAAUGCAGAUAAUGUUAGUGUUAAGGAGGAAGAAGCAGCUGAUACAAUUUCAUCACGUUCUGCAACGAAGGUUACCACAACAGAUGAUCAGCAAACAAGUGCAUCUGAUGAGCAUGCCAAGAAAUCGAGGGAUUUCAAAGGCAGUAAAAAUGGUCGGAACAAUAAUACUAAAACCAAGCAGAAGCAAAAAGAGCACAUCAAAGAUGAAAACGUCCAAGACAUGUCGCUGAUCGAUAGACCAGCGGCCGAAGGAUCAAGCGAUCAAGAAGGCGAUGAUCCAGAGAUCGAGGAGUUGUCAAGGCUCCGAUGUACUUCAGAAAGGGCCGAAGUCGUUGCAGAAAGAGAAACUAGGAAACGAAAUCGACGAUGUGCCGAUUAUCCAGGUCUGGCCUUUGGCAGUUCCAUAUUCAGCUCCGACACCUUGAUGAAGUUUUCCAUCAUUCGCAACGAGCUCCACAAUAUUAUGAACACGCAGUUGAAAAGGGCGGAAUCGGAGGUGGCAGCUCUCAACCGUCGUAUUCAACUGUUGGAAGAAGAUUUAGAACGUUCUGAAGAGCGCCUUGCCACCGCGACCGCUAAACUCGCCGAAGCUUCAGCCGCGGCCGACGAAAGUGAACGGAUACGAAAAGCGUUAGAAAAUAGGACCAACAUGGAGGAUGAUAGAGUUUCCAUUUUAGAAAGUCAACUAGCACAGGCAAAGUUAAUAGCGGAGGAAGCUGAUAAAAAAUACGAAGAGGCAUCUCGAAAGUUGGUGUUAAUGGAACAAGACUUGGAAAGAACAGAAGAAAGGGCUAAUCAGAGCGAGAGCAAAAUUGUAGAACUUGAAGAAGAACUUCGAGUAGUAGGUAACAACCUCAAAUCUCUAGAAGUAUCUGAAGAAAAGGCCGCUUCUACCAGAGAUACAUGCGAAGAUAAAAUACGUAUAAUGACCGAUAAGUUACGUGAAGCUGAAGCUCGUGCUGAAUUCGCAGAAAGGUCCGUACAGAAAUUGCAAAAGGAAGUUGACAAACUUGAAGGUGAGUUUUUAAAAACAAAAAAAACAAGUAGAAAAAAGGCUUCCUCGAAAGUUUUUAUUGGACGUAUUAUUUUGUGUGAUUUUCAUGUACUUUAUAAUGAUUUUUCUCAGUAACAUAAAGAUCUAAAA